GCCCCUCAUAUCUUCAAAAUUUCUUUGUUUUCCAUUUCCAUCUCCCCUCUUCGCUCUUUCCAGGUGAAAUCAAUAAUGAUGUCAAUCAACAAAGGCAAAGAAAUAGCUGGAGGGUCUUCAAGACCAACCCCCGCCGGCGCUGGUGCUGAUCAGCAAAGUCCGCCGGCUUUAAGCAGGUACGUGUCACAGAAGAGAAGGGAUUGGAACACUUUCGGUCAGUACUUAAAGAACCAACGGCCACCGGUGGCACUUUCCCUGUGUAACGCGAAUCAUGUCCUUGAUUUCCUUCGUUACCUAGAUCAGUUUGGGAAGACUAAGGUGCACUUACAAGGUUGCAUGUUCUUCGGCCAACCUGAACCGCCGGGACCAUGUACGUGUCCUCUUAAACAAGCUUGGGGUAGCCUCGAUGCUCUCAUCGGUCGACUCCGAGCUGCUUACGAAGAGAACGGUGGGUUGCCGGAGACCAACCCUUUUGCAAGCGGUUCCAUCCGGGUUUACCUUCGUGAAGUAAGGGAUUCACAAGCUAAAGCUCGAGGGAUUCCUUAUAAAAAGAAAAAAAAGAAGAAAAGUCCAUUGAAGUCCAAUGAAGAUACCUCAAGCUUCACUGUGCAGCAAUCUUGAUCUGGUCCUAAAAUAAAAUUGCAAGAGUUUGAAUCAGUUUGCUUCAUCUGCAUUUCCUUGUUGGAUCAGUCAAGAUAUUGGUACUUUUUAUACAUAGGUAGCUCAUCAGCACUGUUGUUUAUUGUUUUAAAUGAGAAUCAAAAAGUGUAGUUGAAGAGGGUAAGUAAUUUUUUUUCUCAGUUAUUUAGUAUUUUGCAGAAGCAGUCAAAUUUGCUCCAUGAAUGAAAAAUUAUAUUUUUUUUACUUCAA